UGCUUUUGGGAACUGAUCACAGUAGCAGAGCAGGAAAUCUCAUUUCAUUCAGAGGAAGGUGUGGCAGACAGCUGUUUCGUGUUGUGGCUUCUGAAGCUUAAGCGUGGACUGACUUGUAACACCUGGCGUGGAGUUUCAGGGAAGAUUGAAAGAAUCUAAGUUCAUCUUCACAAGAAUAAGACUUUCUGGUUGCUGUGAGGCCUCAGCAUCUCCACCAUGUCUGUCGCUUACAAGGAUCAGCUCUACGCUGAGCUGAAGAAGCAGCACAACCAGAACGGGACGCUGUUUGAAGAUCCAGAGUUCCCGGCCACCGAUUCAUCGAUUUAUUACAAGGACCUCCCUGAUGUAAUUCGAUUUGUGGAGUGGAAACGACCUGGGGAAAUAUGUGAAAACCCACGCCUGUUUGUAGAGGGCGUCAGCUCUCAUGACUUGAACCAGGGGAGUAUGGGAAACUGCUGGAUGGUUGCUGCCUGCGCCUCCCUGGCUUUAAGACCAAAACUCUGGGAGAAGGUAAUUCCUGACUGGAAGGAGCAGGAGUGGGACUCAAACUACGGUGGGAUUUUCCACUUCCGGUUCUGGAUUUUCGGUCAGUGGACAGACGUGGUGAUAGACGACCGACUGCCGACAAUCAACGGACAACUCAUCUACUGUCAGUCAAAACAAAACAAUGAGUUCUGGAGCGCCCUGCUGGAGAAAGCCUACGCCAAGCUCUUUGGCAGCUAUCAGUCCCUGGAUGGAGGUAACGCUACAGAUGCUGUGGUGGAUUUUACUGGAGCUGUGGCAGAAACUAUUGACCUGAAACCAUACAGGACAGAUAACCAAGAGAAGUUGUUUGAUAAUCUAGUCAAGGUGUGGGAACACAAUGGAAUCAUCAACGCCUCCAUUGAUCCUCGGGGAUUUGGACUUGAGUCGAGGACGGAAGAGGGGCUGGUGCGAGGCCAUGCGUACUCGGUCACUGACGUGAAACGAGUAGAUUUGGAUAACAGGCUGCGGGCCUACUUUAACAGUGAAACCAUUCCACUCAUCCGCCUGAGAAAUCCCUGGGGUAAAGCUGAGUGGAUAGGAGCGUGGAGUGACAGUUCUGAAGAAUGGUCAAAGGUCGAUGACACAGAAAAGGCCAACCUUGGCAUCACAGUGGCAGACGAUGGAGAGUUUUGGAUGUCAUUCACAGACUGGUGCAAGAACUUCGAUGAAGUGGAUAUUUGCCAUCUAAUGAACACCUCAGUGGUGAGCAUCCAUAAGAACUGGAAUGAGGAAGCGCAUUUUGGAAAAUGGACUCAAAACAGCGACCCCCUGCUGAACCGCUCCGGUGGUUGUACCAACCACAUGGAGACAUUUCUGCAGAACCCACAGUACUUGUUUGAUGUCACCAAAGAAUCUGACGAGGUCCUGAUUUCACUGCAGCAGAAAGACAGAAGGAUCUACAGGAAAGAAGGUCAAGGAGACAAUCUAAGCAUCGGCUUCACCAUCGUAAAGGUGGAAGUGAACAGGAAGUAUCGUCUGCACAAUUUAGAGACGCUAAAAAUUAUGCAUGGAUUCACCUACAUUAACGCUCGGACGGUGUUCAAGAGAAUCGAGCUGCCACAGGGCCGAUAUGUCGUCAUCCCGACCACCUACGAGCCUUUCAUAGAAGGAGAGUUCAUGCUCCGGCUUUACACGGACGUGGACUCCGGCUGCCGGGAGCUGUUGAAGGACAAACCACAGCCUAAAUGUUGGACUCCGCUCUGUGGAUAUCCUCAAGUUGUUACUCACAUAUAUGUGGACAGAGCUGAGAUCGGUCAGCAAGACCAGGCGGAGGGCAUAAACCCAUAUGUGAUCAUUUCCUGCGAGGACCAAUCAGUGAAGUCCACCACCAAGAACACUUUGACCCCGGUUUUUGAAUUUAGCGCCAUUUUCUACAGGAAGAAGGUCGCAGAGCCCAUAACAGUGCAGUUGUGGAGCGAUGACCAGGGAUCGGACAAAUUUUUGGGAGAAGUCUUACUGCCAGGGAUGCCUGAUGACAACUCUUCCCGUUGGUAUUGGCUGAAGAAUAAAGGCAGUAAGAAGGCAGACAAUAUGCCCAGCAUAAUCGCCCUGAGGCUCGUCACUUCAAACGAGCUGACAGCCUUGUAAUGAGACGGCGCCUUCAUCAAUAUUUAAAACAUACAGGAUCUUUGUGUGUCAGUGAACCAAAACAGCUCAAGCACUGUCCAUGUUGAGUUAAUUUUUAGAAAGUUAGAAGGAAACAAGACGCUUCUGACCAGAUUUUGGGUAAAUCUUUGAUUUCUUAUUAUUCUUAUUGAACUUGGGGGACCUACCUUUUAAUAUUGGAGCAAGAUUUAGAGAAACUGUUUGUAACCCACAAGACGGGUUACUUUAAAUACCUUUAAUAGUAGAUGGCAAGUUAAUUUACUUUACUAAUACCAACACUACAGAAGUAUAAAGGAAGUUGGGCCUGAUCAGAAGAUUCUAAAUUCGGGUGAGCCUAGGUGUGAACAAUAGAGAAGAGCACACAAUGUAUAUAUAAAAAAAGUAGAAUUUAACAUAGACAACAUUUGUGGAUCCACAACAAAAAUUGCGAGCUUUUUAAAAAUAAAAUUAAUAAAAGAAAUAACCCAGUCUUUUGGAUUUCUGUCAAAUGUUCUUUCAAAGUUUGUUUAGUCUUUCCAAUGUGUCUGUGAAAUAUUUUUUAAUGUUUCAGGGCUGGUGACCAGUCGGGUCACCAUCUACCGGUUCACUCGGUUCUCUGGGCUGGGGCUCGCCAUCCAAGUUCUUGUGGGGGUGAUCUUGAUGUCUCUGGGCACGAUGCUUCAAAAGUGCACCAUAAAAAAAAAAAA